UUACUUCUGUUUAUAUAAACUCUACUCGAUUCCGGCACCGCGCAUGACGCUUGUGGUCCAUCCCUGGUUUUCACUACUGAAGGAGAAGAAAAGUACUGCGAAAAAGUUUGUUUCAAACAUACAAAUUGGUCACAACGUCAACCGUUGUUAACCAAAUAGCAAAAAAUCGCUCAGCGUGCAUGUAUUUUGCGACAAAAGAUAUAAAAUUGACUUGUGCAUCUCGCAAAUGAAAAUAAAUUUUUUCCCUGUCUGGACAAAAACGUUGUAGUCUUUUCACUCGUUUUGCGCUUUCGUUUUCCACGCUGUUUCUUGGGAAUCGUAGGUUGCAACGCUUUUCUAAAUCUAGAGUCAAUCCAGGCGACCAGGCGACCCAUCAACCAAACAGCAGCUGCCAGCUACCACAGAUUUCAUCACUGACGCGCAUUCCCCACUCGUUUUAGCCGGAGGAGCAAGCGAAAAUCAAUCAAAAUUAACGCGGACACAGCGACUGCUGGUGCUGCUGCUGCUGAGCGACGCAGACGCGAACGCUGCUUUUACUACAAAGCGAUGGCGAUGUUGAGCUCCGAUGAAGCGAGCAAACUGCUCGACUUCAACCAGAAGCUAGACAUUAAUCUGCUCGAUAAGAUUGUGGAGGCGCUCUACUCAUCGCAGGGUGAGCAGUUGCGACUGGCGCAGGACAUACUAACCACACUAAAGGAGCAUCCGGAGGCCUGGACGCGUGUCGACAGUAUACUCGAAUAUUCACAGAAUCAGCAAACCAAGUUUUAUGCGCUCCAAAUUCUCGAGGAGGUGAUCAAGACACGCUGGAAGGUGCUUCCACGCAAUCAAUGCGAGGGCAUCAAAAAGUAUGUCGUCAGCCUAAUCAUAAAAACAUCCUCGGAUCCGGCCAUCAUGGAGCAGAACAAAGUUUAUUUGAAUAAGCUGAAUAUGAUAUUGGUGCAGAUCCUUAAGCGCGAAUGGCCGCGCAACUGGGAGACGUUCAUCAGCGAUAUAGUCGGUGCAUCGAAAACGAACGAGAGCCUGUGCAUGAACAAUAUGGUUAUAUUGAAAAAUCUGAGCGAAGAGGUCUUUGAUUUCUCGCUCGGGCAAAUAACACAGACGAAGGCCAAGCAUUUGAAGGAUACGAUGUGUUCGGAAUUUUCUCAAAUUUUUACCCUCUGUUCGUUUGUGCUGGAGAAUUCAAUGAACGCGGCGCUGAUACAGGUCACGCUAGAGACGCUACUGCGCUUUCUCAACUGGAUACCAUUGGGCUACAUCUUCGAAACGACGCUUAUAGAGACUUUGAUCUUCAAGUUUCUGAGCGUUCCGAUGUUUCGCAAUGUAACCCUGAAGUGCCUAUCCGAAAUUGCGGGCUUAUCGGCGGCCAAUUACAACGAUAAUUUUGCAACGCUGUUCAAGGACACAAUGGUGCAGCUGGACCAGAUAAUUGGUCAAAAUAUGAAUAUGAAUCAAGUGUUCCUGUGCGGCAGCGAUACGGAACAGGAGCUGGUGCUGAAUCUGGCCAUGUUCCUCUGCACGUUCCUCAAGGAGCAUGGCAAACUUGUGGAAGAUGCCAAGUAUGUGGAUUACUUGAACCAGGCACUCCUGUAUCUGGUCAUGAUCAGUGAGGUUGAGGAUGUGGAGGUGUUCAAAAUCUGUCUGGAGUACUGGAAUUGCCUUGUCGAGAAUCUGUACAAUACCGAAUUCUUUCCACCCACACUGGAGUCAUCGAAGCGACAGCAAGUUUAUCCCCGGCGUCGAUUCUAUGCACCAAUUUUGUCUAAGGUUCGCUUCAUCAUGAUUUCUCGCAUGGCCAAGCCAGAGGAAGUUCUUGUUGUCGAGAACGAGAAUGGCGAAGUGGUUCGCGAAUUUAUGAAGGACACCAAUUCGAUUAAUUUGUACAAAAAUAUGAGGGAAACCUUGGUGUUUCUCACCCAUUUGGAUUGUGCGGAUACGGAUCGGAUUAUGACCCUUAAGCUAUUAAAUCAGGUCAAUGGCACUGAAUUCUCCUGGAAAAAUCUCAACACUCUAUGCUGGGCAAUUGGCUCAAUAUCGGGCGCAUUCUGUGAAGAAGAUGAAAAACGAUUUCUGGUCACUGUCAUCAAGGACCUGCUUGGACUCUGCGAACAGAAGAAGGGCAAGGACAAUAAGGCGAUCAUUGCAUCCAAUAUUAUGUAUGUGGUGGGACAGUAUCCACGCUUUCUUCGCGCCCAUUGGAAAUUCCUAAAGACGGUGGUGAACAAGCUGUUUGAAUUUAUGCACGAAACGCACGACGGUGUCCAGGACAUGGCCUGCGACACAUUCAUUAAGAUAGCAAUUAAGUGUCGUCGCUAUUUUGUUACAAUACAGCCGAACGAGGCGUGCACCUUCAUUGACGAGAUUCUCAGUACUAUGAGCAGCAUAAUAUGUGAUCUGCAGCCGCAACAGGUACACACAUUCUAUGAGGCAGUCGGCUAUAUGAUCUCUGCUCAAGUGGAUCAGGUGCAACAGGAUGCGCUUAUAGAACGGUACAUGCUGUUGCCGAAUCAGGUGUGGGACGAUAUCAUAUCGCGGGCAUCGAAAAAUGUCGAUUUUCUGAAAAACAUGACAGCCGUUAAGCAGCUGGGCAGCAUACUGAAGACAAAUGUGGCCGCCUGCAAAGCACUGGGUCACGCCUAUGUCAUUCAAUUGGGUCGGAUUUAUUUGGAUAUGCUAAAUGUGUACAAGAUCACAUCGGAGAACAUCAUUCAGGCCAUUGAGGUGAAUGGCGUCAAUGUGAACAAUCAGCCGCUGAUCAAAUCAAUGCAUGUCGUGAAGAAGGAGACCCUCAAUUUGAUAGCCGAAUGGGUAUCGCGCUCCAAUGACAAUCAAUUAGUUAUGGACAACUUUAUACCGCCCUUAUUGGACGCCAUCUUGAUGGAUUAUCAGCGGUGUAAAGUUCCGUCCGCGCGCGAGCCCAAAGUUCUGAGCGCGAUGGCAACGAUUGUGAAUAAAUUGCGCCAGCAUAUCACAAAUGAAGUACCAAAAAUCUUCGAUGCUGUAUUUGAAUGCACGCUAGACAUGAUUAAUAAGAAUUUCGAAGAUUUUCCGCAGCAUCGCUUCAGUUUCUAUGAGCUGCUGCAGGCGGUCAAUGCGCACUGCUUCAAGGCGUUCCUCAACAUACCGCCGGCUCAGUUUAAAUUGGUAUUCGACUCUGUGGUAUGGGCAUUCAAGCACACAAUGCGCAAUGUGGCCGACAUGGGCUUAAAUAUACUAUACAAAAUGCUGCAGAAUCUUGAACAGCAUCCGAAUGCAGCGCAGAGUUUCUAUCAAACCUACUUUACGGAUAUCCUUAUGCAAAUCUUCUCAGUGGUUACCGACACUUCGCAUACAGCGGGCCUGCCUAAUCAUGCCAUUAUAUUGGCCUAUAUGUUCUCUUUGGUAGAGAAUCGAAAGAUAACGGUUGAGUUGGGCCCCAUACCGGAUAAUAUGAUAUUCAUACAGGAAUAUGUGGCCUCAUUGCUAAAGUCAGCAUUUAAUCAUUUAUCAGAUAAUCAGAUCAAAGUCUUUGUCACUGGCCUUUUCAAUUUGGACGAGAAUGUACAAGCAUUUAAAGAGCAUUUGAGAGACUUUCUAAUACAAAUACGCGAGGCCACUGGUGAGGAUGAUUCCGAUUUGUAUCUGGAGGAACGUGAGGCAGCAUUGGCUGAGGAGCAGUCCAACAAACGUCAAAUGCAACGUAAUAUUCCGGGCAUGUUAAAUCCGCACGAAUUGCCAGAGGAUAUGCAGGAUGAAUAAAAAUAUGCUGAGUAGCUGCUGCUGCUGCUUGCAUGAUGUUAGUUGAAGCUUGAGUAUGCUGAUGAUAAUGAUUGAUUGAUGAUUUAUGAUUGCAAAUAAUGUAUGAGUGUUUUCUCAAUUAGAGGAAAAGUAUAAAUGUUUGUUUGAUUGAAUGCAUAUGAGUAUAAACGUUAUAUAUAUACACACACACCCACACACAAACACUAGAGCACACAUAGCCACACACACACACACAAACAGAGGAACAUCUACAUGCUGACAGUUGGUUAAAUUAUACGAGAAUGUAAGCGGUUAAUGUGCGCAAUUGCAUACCUUAAUAUGAUUUAACAUAUUUUGCGUACUUUUGCCACCAACAAGCAACAACAAAACCACGUACUCCCUAUCCCCAAAACUUAGCUGUAAAACAUCGUCGUCUACAUUACAAAGCAAACGAAAGAUGAAAACUUUAUACAUACAUAAAUACUAAAUGCAUAUUAUAAUAAUAAUAAUAA